AUGACUUGUGAGAAGUUUCAGCGCAAUAAUCCUAAAGAACCCCUUAAACAGGACGAUCCACCUGAUUAUCCAUUCCAAAAGGUGUCAACGGAUAUUUAUGAGUACGGUGGACGAGAUUGGCUGGUGUUGAUCGAUGCCUACUCAGGUUUCAUUUGUUCUGAUCGUCUUCAAGAUAAAUCUAUGAAAAGUGUUUGCCUGUUAUUUGAUAGAUUCUUCAAUAGCUAUGGAUACCCCACACAGAUCCGUAGUGAUAACAUUCCUUUCGACUCGUUUGAGUGUGCAAAGUAUGGAAACAAAAAUAAUAUUAGAUUCACAUUUUCUAGCCCGCGUCAUCCCCAAAGCAAUGGGUUAGCCGAAAAAGCUGUCGCAAUAGCGAAAAAUAUUUUGAAACGAUGCUACGAACUAGGUGAAGUCGACCAAUUUCAGUAUCGCUUACUUGAGUACAACACUACUCCCGUAGCUGGUAUGCAACUAACGCCAAGUCAACUAUUUUUCGGUCGACAGCUAAAGACGCGUUUGCCAGUAGAUGACACUCUGUUGACUCGUGAAAACAUAGCAGAAAGUGUAGUUCGCAGUAAGUUUAACCAAAAGCGUGCCGUACAAAAAAGCAACUAUGAUAAAAAUGCGAGACCUUUACUACCGCUGGUUAUUGGGGAUAGUGUAAUCUUUAAGAAACGUUCGAAGGAAUGGCAAUAUGGAACAAUAACGCGUGACGUGAACGGACGCUCGUAUAUAGUGAGAGACGGGUUUGGUAAUUACUUCAGACGAAAUCGCAGGUUAAUGAAGCGUACAACUAAUGAUUAUACCGACCUCAGGGAUAUGCUGAUUGAAGAUAGAUUGAUCGAAUAUUCUAAGAAUCAUGAAAAAUCUCGAAGUGGCUACUCCAGUAUGUUCCAUAGCCAGAUUCCUCAACAAAAUACGAGCAGUCUUCCAGUUACUCCGGUCGUUGAACUCCUUUACGCAUUUCGAUUCUUUCCUCACCUGUCACUGACACAACUACUUCUGCUUUAUCUGGUUCCGAACCUGCCAUAUGCGAUAGUUCUUUGA